AGAGAGACGUCAUGUUGCGUGGUUUAAGUGCCCUGCUACUGUGCUGCAGUAUUACACUCGUCUUAAGUGAGGAAUGCCCGGAAGAAGAGUGGAAACGAUUCGGGUAUAGUUGUUUCUUUUUCGGUGAGAUACAAAUAUCCUGGCUUUAUGCACAGUACUUUUGUCACAGUAUGCCAGGAGUAAAUGCGCACCUUGCAUAUAUCUUUUCUGAGGAAGAGAAUGCCUUCAUUAAGGACAGAUUAAACUUUCGGAACUAUGACAAUUCCUAUCACAUUGGAGCAACCGACAUGAAUCGUGAGGGCACAUUCUAUUGGGAAAAGAAUGACACACUGUUAGAUGACUCCUAUACCAACUGGUCAUUUAAUGAGCCUAACAAUGCUGGUAGUAACGAAGACUGCUCGGAAAUGAAUCCUCGUACCGGAAAAUGGAACGAUAUACCAUGUACCGAGGCCCAGCGCUUCAUCUGUAGGAUGGAGAUUUGAAAUGUAACAUCCAUACUGGUUCUUGCCAGCACAUUAUACUUUGAUGACGUUAAUAUUCUGCAAAUAUUUACUCUCGUUUUCAGUGACUUAUUUCAGAGUUUCUGUUUGGGUCUAUGAAAUAAUUUCCAUCGGAGGUUACUUAUUUAAAACACUUUGGGGUCAAUGUCGACUAAUGUUUUCAGUGAGAUAUUUUAGAGAUAUUAACACCUGUAAUAGGAAACUGUUGUUUGUAACAUUUAUAUUCAUAAAGUAGCCUUUUUAGAUA